AUGACGAUGAACACCACGAGAGCUAAGCGGGGAGCGGCGGGAAGGGGGCGGUCGAAGACCGGCGUGAGCAAGAAAGCCCGGCGCAUCUUGGAGCCUGCUUCUCGGGAAGAGACGGCCUACGAGGAAAAGAAGGAGAAGGUUUCCAGCAUGAAUUGGGGCAACCUCGGCAAGUCCGGCGGCGGCGGCAAGCGGGGUAAGGCUGGGCGGGGACAGGCAGGACCGUCCUCUUCUUCGUACGGUGGCCCGGCGGGGGGGGCGGCGGCGGCUUCGGAAGACGCGGCCGGGCUAGACGCGGCUUGGAAGGAGGCAGCGUUGCCCAGAGCGGGCGACGAGCUCAAGUGCAGGCACUUCAAGGCGUGCGCCGGCUGCGUGUUCGACCGGCGGUUCGACGAGACUCCGAUCAUGGUGGAUUCCAGCUCCUUCAUGGACAGCCUCCACUCCACCGGGGCGCGUGCCCGGGGGGGCGCCAAGGCCGCGUCCGACUUCGAGCCGCACGUGAUACACCCGUGGAAGCCUCACGGCUGGAGGACGCUGGCGAAGCUCGCCGCGCGGCCGGUCUCCAAGUGGCGAGGGGUGGAGCUGGGGCUGUACAGCGCCGGGUCGCACAACGUCAUCGGGAUCCCGGACUGUCGGGUGCACCACCCUUCCGUCAACCUUGCCGUCAAGACCCUGCAGGAAUCGACCAAGAAGAUCGGCGUGACGGGGUUCCGGCAGGAGAACUUGGAUGGGGACCUCCGCUAUGUGCAGAUGGCGGUGGAGCGGACGUCCGGACAAGUGCAGCUGACCCUAGUGUGGAAUGAGGAGAACUAUCGCGACGCCACUCCCAAGCUGCAGCUCUUGGCCAAGGACCUGAGGUCCAGCCGGCCGGAGCUCUUCCACAGCAUCUGGGUAAACUUCAGAGUGGGAGUCGGAAACGCCAUCUUCAGCCGAGAUCCUCACAGUUGGCACCGCUGCUCCGGCCCGGAGUACCUGAAGGAGGUGGUCGGGCCCUCCAAGAUUCCCUUCUUUUUCAGCCCCCCACUGUUCCGACAGGGAAACCUCGACCACUUCGAGAGCAUCGUGCAGGCAGUGGUGGACUGGGUACCCGAGGGAUCAGGGGUGUGCGAACUCUACGCGGGGGUGGGUGUGCUGGGGCUCAACGUCGCCGCGAAGGCGGCCUUCGUGCGCUGCUCGGACGUGAACUCGUUCAACCCUCGCAGCUUUGAGAGGUCCAGGAAAACGUUGCCACCUAACGUCCGGAAACGGGUGUCCUUCGAGGCUAUGAGCGCGGACGAAGCCAUGGAAGACGGAGAGUCGGAGGGCUGCGAGGUUCUGAUCGUUGACCCUCCCCGAAAGGGGCUGGACAAGGGGGUGAUGGACGCCCUCAUGGACCCCGACGACCCCAACACCGAGGCCCUGAGGCGCGUGAUCUACGUCAGCUGCGGCUUCGACGCCCUGAAGCGAGACGCCAUGAACCUCAUCGGCGCGGGGUGGGUGUUGCGGCACAGCGAGGGCUUCGUGCUGUUCCCGGGCUCGGACCACAUCGAGACCUUCGCGAUCUUCGACCGAUAGUCGCAGACAGCCCUUUUGGCACGAGCAGCAGUGCGAUACGAUAAGUGAUUACAUAAUAGUGUGGUACGUACUCAUGGUCACGCAGGGGAUGUGUGACAAGCAUGGUGUUUUGGUCGACGACGGGGUUUGUCGUGGCACUGUUUAUUGGUAUGCACGCGGAUUAUGUUGUGUGUGCUGGCGUGAAGCCUUUUGUUGCUGUUGCGCGCGAAUUUUUCAGGCCAAACAUUCUGCCUUUUGAGUGACUGGUGUUCUGACAGAGCACGACCACAAUGCUUGGCUGUAUUGGUGUAGGCCCAUUCGGGCUCUUGGCGUAGCGGCCACCGGUGUCUCCUCAACCGAAAGCUACACUCACCUC